CGUCUCCUCGGCCAUUUACAUAUUAGCGCUCUUCAUAAAGUUUCCUCUUGUCGCUCUUAGUUGGCUUCUUGUUACAGAGCGAUGCCUCUAUUUAUGGGGGGCUUUUAGGGCAAUGCUACUAGCUAGGGUUAGCCGCCUCGGUCAAUACUAUUUAUUUCGUUUACGAGAAUCCUAUCCAUCUUCUCCCCAGAUGAGUAGUAGAAGCGCGUGCACAGCGCAGCUUAAAGCGCACUCACAGCCAACUUAAAGCCGAGCUCCGCUAACCCGUCCGCGCUGCCGCUGCUGCCGUCGCGUCGCCCCGUAUGACGCGGGACAGCGGUCUUAGCAGCGCCAGCAGGCCGGGGCUCGGCGGUAGCGGUAGCAACGUCGUCAUGCCCCCCCCGUGGACGACUAUGGAGUUCGGUGCGCCCGGUUCUCUCCUCUACCGCCUCCUAUUCCUCGACAAGCAAUACCGCGCCUUUUCCCCCUGGCACGAGAUUCCCCUCCACGCCGCGCUCCCCCCUUCCGCCUGCCCUUCCCCUCCGCCCGCGCACGGGGAGCCGGGCCUUUCCGCGCUGUCCUUCUUCUGCGUUACCCCGCGGGGAACGUGGGCAAAGUUCGAAAUCGCCCAGGAUGAAAACUUCACGCCGGUUCGAGUGGCGGAGCGGGAGCCAGGCGGGGCCCCCGCGCGAUACGCGGAGAAUUGCCAGUGGAACCUAGGCGUGCUUCCGCAGACAUGGGGCGACCCGAAGGCUAAGAACGAAGAGUACGGAGGGCUCCCGUACGACGGAAAGCCCGUGCAAGUCUUCGACGUGAGCGGCUCGCGCGGCGCCGCGAGAAUCGGGGACGUGUACGUCGUGAAGCCGCUCGCCGCGUUUGCCGCCGUGAGUCGCGCGCCCGCGGUUUCGUGGAAGGUGGUGGCCGUGGCCGUCGACGACCCGCUGGCGCUGGAGCUGCAUGACGUGGCGGACGUGCAUCGGAAGCUUCCGGGAACGCUCGAGGAAAUUCGCGAGUGGCUGCGACUAUCGGAUUGCACGGAGCCAGGCUCCGAAGGCCUCGCGUUCGGCUUCAACGAGCGCGCGUUGGACCGCCGGCGCGUGCAGGCGCUGCUGAAGGAGUGCCACGUGGCAUGGCAGCGCAUGCACGCCACGCUCCCCAUGCCCGAGCCCUGGAUCCCGCGCUCCCGCCCGCCCAAAAUCUCCACUAUCGAAGCCUUCUGGGUGCCUUAUACCGAGCGCCAUAGCAACUCCGGUAAAGGCACCCUCACUAUACCGCUCUCGGACCCCAACCCUAGGAGCUAUGGGGGGAGCAGUAGCGGCGGGGGCGGAAGGGGAGGGGGAGGGGGGGAUGAGGAAGGGGAAGGCGGGGGGAGAGAGGGCGGGGGCGCGGGCGCGGGCGCCGACGCGGGGGGAGAAUCGGUAUGGGAGGUGUUGUCUAGCACUGAGACGGUGCAGAUGCUGUCGCAGCUGCGGUCAAGGAAGCACCUGUCGCGCCCUGCGUUCUAUCUCAUGAAAGGGUCUAUUCCAGGAGGCCCGGGCGUCGCCCUGGGGGGGGUUAGCGGCAGAGGGACGGGACGGGCGGGCGCAGGGGGUAGCGCGGGAUCUAAAGGGAGAAGGGGCAGUGCCACGGGGGUUGCGGGAGCAGGCGCGCCAGCAGCGGUAGGCGCAGCAGCAGCAGGAGCGGCAGCAGGCGCGGGAGGGGGAGGAGGGACAGGCGGAGGGGGAGAGGAGGAGGGGCACGGGAAGUCCAAGUUCCGGUGGGGGAAAGCGGCCAAGGACGUGAAGGCAUGUGCCGUGCCUGCUGUCUCAACAGGCUCGCCUAGAACCUCCUGGACCCCUGCCUCCGACGCAGCAGCAGGAGCAGCAGCAGCAGUAGGAGGAGGAGGCAUGGGAAGGGCGAGUGUGGGCCAGUCCCCUGCUGCGGCCCAGCCUAGGGCUCCCAUGGACGAGCCGUCUCCUGUCUCGGUUUCUGCUUCUUCCCCUCCUGCUACCCCUUCUCCUGUUUCCAUUCCUGCUCCUGCCCUUGUUUCCACCCCCCCUCCGCUUGCUGUCUCUUCCGCCCCUCCUGUCCCUGUCCCUGUCCCCGCCCCUGUCCCUUCCCCUGCCGCUGUCCCUGCCCCUGCCCCUGCCCUUGCCCCUGCCGCUCCUGCUGCUGCGUCGCCGUCCAUAGAGCCAUCCGUUCCUGCCUCUUUGUCCGCUGCCAAUGCAGCGUCCGUUCCCACUCGUUCCACCUCCACUACUGCAGCAGCAGCAGCCGCAGCACCAGCAACACCAGCAGCAGCAGCAGCAGCAGCGCCAGCAGCACCUGCACCUGCACGCGCCGCAGUGCUGGCAGCAGCAGCAGCGGCUGCAGCAGCCAUGGGCGCUGGAACCAUAGUGGUGGGUGGACCGGUGGCCGGCACUGCCAGGGGGGGAGCAGCAGCAGUAGGGGGAGCAACAGGAGGAGCAGCAGAAGGAGCAGCCUCGAUCCUUGGAGACCCCAUGCAUCCUUCUGCAGGCAUUCCUGGCACUAGUGAAACGGCAACGGCUGCUGCUGCUGCUGCUGCUGCUGCUUCUUCCGCUGCAUCUGGUGCCACAGACGCGGGUGCAGCGGCCACUAGGGCAGGGGGGGGAGGAGCGGGGGGAGGAAAAGGCGGUUUAGUAGCAGCGGGCGUGUCAGCAGCGUCGGCGCGGAGGAGAGCGGCACUGGUGAAGGAGAAGGCGAGGCUUGAUGAGCUGCAGCAGCAGGGCGGCGCAGAGGGAGACGCAGGAGCACACGCUGCGCCUGCUGCUGGCACCAGCAGUACUGGGAUUGAUGCGGCAGUGGCAGGAGCAGGAGCAGUGGCAGGAGCAGGAGACGGACCAGCAGAAGCAGCAGCAGAAGCAGCAGCAGAAGCAGCAGCAGCAGUGGGAGGAGCAGGAGAGGUGGUGACAGGUGGGGCAACUCCUGUGGUGCAGGUGUUGGGUGAUGAUGUGAGAGCUGGUGAGAUGGCCACUGCUGCGACAACGGCAACAGCAGUGGCAGGAGCAGCGGCAGACAGCAUCGCCAUAGCAACCACUAGCACUACUGCGGGGUCUUUUGCCACCUCUGCUACCGGGGCUGCUGCUGCUGCCGCUGAUGCGGGCACGGGCGCAGGCGCAGGGAGCAUGCGGAAAAGUAUGUCUGUGCGGAAGGGCAAGGGGAGGGGGGCGGAUGUGGGCGCGGGGAAGACGAAGGGUGCGCAGGAGCAGGGGAAGCAGGGGAAAGAGAAGGGGAAGGGGAUAGGGGCAGAGCAGCAGGCAGCAGGGGGUGUGCAUGCGAGUGUACAUGCGAACGGGCAGGAUAUGGGUGUGGCAUCAGGUGAUGUUGACGCUGCUGCUGUUGCUGCUGCUGCUGUGGCUGGCUCAGCUGCAGUGGGCGUUCCUGUGGCUGUGGCUGCUGUGGCAGCUGUGGCUGAGGCUCCUGUUUCCGAAGCAAAGGCGAAGGAGGGCGGUAAGGGGAAGCGUGUUCUCUCUGCUCGGAAGCCAAAGGCGCGGCAGGAGAAGGUGAAGAAGGAGCAGAUAACUGUGGAAUCAGCAACUCAACAGCCGCAGCAGCAGCAGCAGCAGGUGGCCGAGGAGCCGGAGGCAGUAGCGGGUGCAGGAGCGGUGGUGGCACCUGGUGGGGAGGCCGGACAGAGAGACAGAGCGGUUGAGGGCGGUGAUGGUGGUAUGGGUGCGCUGUCUUGGGGCAACGGGGAAGGAGAGAGUGCUCCCGAUGCAGGGGACGAGGGGGAUGAGCAGCCAGGGGUAGGGGAGAUCCAGGAGCCUCCGCAGCAGCAGCAGCAGCACUCAAAACGGUUCAGCCUGUCCCCUCUGAAAGUGAAUGAGUGUGUGCUUGAUGCUGACAACAGCACAACCCCGCAACAGCCACAGCUGCAGCCGCAGCAGCAGCAGCAGCAGCAGCUGCAACACGUGUAUGUGCCUCCCCUCACGCCCCAGCCCCUCACGCCUCUCCCUCUCUCCACCGCACCCUCGCUCAUCUCCCCGCAGCGGCAGCAGCAGGAGCAGCGGUGGCAGGCGGUGGAGGAUCAGCCUCCUGAGAGAGUGAUCAUUCAAGAGCACCGGCUGGUGCUCGGGCUGGGAGCGAUGGAGGAGGAAGAAGAGGGAGAGGAGGAGGCGGAGGAGGGGGAGGAGGGGGAGGAGGGGGAGGGGGAAGCGGAGGGGGAGCAGGAGCAGGUAGGUGCUGUGCCGGGGGAAGCAGAUUGGGGGCGGCGGAUGGGGGGAAGUGCGAGGGGCGAGGCAGCUGAGGAGUCGGCCAAGGGAACGAGCGAGGAAGCAGGGGGGAAAGAGGUGGAGAGGGAGGGAGAGGCAGUAGAAGGAAGGGCGGGAGAGGGGGAAAGCGAGGGAGAGGAGAAGGGGGAGUCAGCUCAAGUGUCAUCGGCAAUAUGGGAAGGUUCUAACACAGGGAGAGGAGGAAGCGGAGGAUUAAGUGGGUCGUUGCCGUCCCCUAGGGCACUGGAUCUCUUGGCUGGGCUUAAGAAGCUGGUGAGCCCUCGCCAGAGCCAGUCCGCCAGGCGGGGGAGAGGGUUCGGACGAUCGAGUAGCUCUGGAGGGGGCGAGACAGACGGUGCUGCUUCUCCCGCGGCCACUGCUGCUGCUGCUUCGUCUCCCGCUGCUGGUGCUGGUGCUGGUGCUGCCGCUGCUCCUGCUGCGGCAGCGGCAGGGGUGGAAGCAGGGCAGCAGCAGGAGCAGCAGCAGCAGGGUCUUUAUAAUGUAGGAGGUGUGUUGAGAGAGGUGGGGGAGGAGGAAGAGCAGGCAGGGGGGGAUGAAGGAGACGAAGAGAGGGACGAGCUAGAGACCAGGCGAGAGGAAGAGGGGGGAGAGGAAGAAGAGGGAGAGGAAGAAGAAGGAGAGGAAGAAGAGGGAGAGGAAGAGGGGGGGAGGAGUGAAGUAGAGGAAGAGGAGGAAGAGGAGGGGGGUCUGGUAAGUGGUGGCGGUGUAGUGGCAAAGGGAGCGGAUGCGGAGGAGAGAGAAGAGACAGAGGGGAUUGGUGGAGAGUGGGAGCAAGGGGGGGAAGUGGACGAGACGGAGGUAGAGGAGGAGGAAGAGGCGGGAGAAGAAGUGGAGGGAGAAGGAGUGGAGGGAAAAGAGGAAGACUUGUAUUCGGAUAGAGGCGAUAGUGAGGGGGGAGAUAAGGGGGGUAGUGGGAGGAUGAGUGGACGGAGAGAGAAGGAAGCAGAGAGUUGGAGAGAAGAGGCGAUUGAAGAGGGGGAGGAGGAUGGGGAGGAGGGAGAGGAGGGAGAGGAGGGGGGAGAGGAAGAGGGAGAGGAGGUGGUGCUGAGGGAGGAAAUAAGAGAGAGGGGUAAGUUUAGAGAGAGAGUGAGUGAGGAGGAAAGGAGGGGGGUGGAGUUGGGAAGGGAGAGGGAGAGAGAGAGGGAGAGGGAGAGGGUAAGGGAGAGGGAGAGGGAAAGAAGCGACCGAACGCUACAUGAGAAUGAGGGUAGGGAAAGGGGCUAUGAGGACGAGAGAGAGAGGGAGAGGGAGAGGGAGAGGGAGAGGGAGAGGGAGAGGGAGAGGGAGAGGGAGAGGGAGAGGGAGCGAGAGAGGGAGAGGGAGAGGGAGCGAGAGGCGGACCGUGGGAGGUUGAGCAGGAGGGAAGAGGAUAGAGAGAGGGAUAGUGAUCGAGAGAGUGACGGCGAGCGGGAGAGGGGCCGAGAAUACGGAACGAGGGAGUAUGGGGAGAGAGAUUCUAGGGAGCGGGAGACGCGAGCGCAAGAGAUGAGGGAGCGAGAGGCGAGAGAGCGAGAGAUGCGAGGAAGGGGGUUCCGAGAGGAGUGGAAGAGCGAGACUGAGAGAGAGCUGGCACGGUCUCGGGAGAGGGACAGGGAGGGUCUGGGCGAUAGAGAAAGGGAGAGAGAGCGAGAGAGGGGCCGGGAUCUGGAUAUGGAGAGGGAAAGGGAGAGGGAGAGGGAGAGGGAGAGGGAGAGGGAGAGGGAGAGGGAGAGGGGCGGGGACAGGGAUAGGGACCGAGAUGUGGAGUAUGAGAGGGAGAGGGAGAGGGAGAGGGAGAGGAACAGAGGGCGAGAGGGGCCGUUGCAGAGCAGGGGUAGGUCUCCUGUGGGGAGAGCCCCUAGGCCUGAGGCCUAUGGCCAGGGGAUGAUGGGCGGGCAGGAGAGGAGAGCAGCAGGGGGCUAUGAUAGGGAGCAGGGUGGAAGCAGUGGGGGGUACGACAGGGAGAGGGACAGGGAGUAUGGAGGAGGAGGAGGAGGGGGGGGGCACUCAUAUGAUCGAAGCAACUCGUAUGAUCGGGAGAGAGAGAGGGAGAGGGAUAGGGAUAGGGAGAGGGAGAGGGGAGGCCCUGCACCGUACGAUCGCGAGCGGAGCGGAUCUGCACCGUAUGAUCGGGACAGGGGCGGAGGGCCGAGCGCAUAUGAUCGUGACCGGGAGAGGCAACGAGAGCGAGAGAGAGAAAGGGAGAGGGAGAGGGAGAGGGGAGGUCCAGGUUCAGCGUAUGACAGACAGCCUGCCACGCCUCCUCCCCCCCCUCCUGCUGACCACCUGCCAGGUCAGCAGCACCAGCAGCAGAGGCAGCAGCCACACUCUGCAAGUUGGGAGAGGGAGAGUGAAAGAGACUACCGUCAUGGGCCCGGGGGAGGAGUGGGGUAUGAGGGAGGAGUGGAGUACCGUCGGUCCAACACGGGUCACAGCGACAAGGACUUUGAGACAGGAGGGGCGAGGCGGUUUGGCAUGGAGGGGUACGGAGGGGGCGACGUGGGGGGGGAGAGGCGGCGGCCGGAGAACUUUGAGUCGGAAGAGAUGGAGCUGCAGAAGCAGCUGUCGGGGCAGCGGGCGGACCGACGGCGCGUGGAGGCGGUGAGGAAGCAGCAGAUGCAGGGGCAGCAGGGGAGAGGGGGGAUGCCUGCAGGCUGGGCAAAGCCCAAGUGGUCUGACAAGGACAACGCAAACCCCCAUGCUGCUGCUGCUGCUGGCGCUGCAGGGGGUGGUGGUGCUGCUGCUGCUGCCGGGCAGCUCGGUGGUGUGUUCGGCGCCUAUGCCAUGUUUGGCAACUUUGCUGGAGCGUCUGCGGUGGGCGGUGCAGCAGGAGCCGCAGGAGGGGCGAUGGGAGCAGGUGCGGCAGCAGGGGGGGUGGCAGGGGGCUCCAGUGCUGGUGCUAUGGGUGCAGGAGCGGGCGGUAACCCUAUGGUUCCCCCUGCAUUCAUUCCCAUGGGUCCUCUAGGGCCCAUGAUCCCCAUAGCACCCAUGGGAGGCAUGCCCAUGGCGGGAUACGGCCCUGGGGGGAUGCCUGGGGGAAUGCCUGGUCGCAUGGCAGGGAUGCCUGGGAGACCUGGUAUGCCUUAUGGUGCUGUUCCUGGUGCUCCCUUUCCUCCCGGUGCUGCUGGUGCUGCUGCUGGUGCGGGAGGUGGGUCGUUGCUGUCGCAGCGGGCAGCAGCAGAGGAGCUGCGAUCAGAAAUCACCGAGCAGCGCUCUCUCUACUCGCAGCGCCUGUCCAUGGCUCUCACCAGGAGGGCCAGCCUCGGGUCGUACGAGAACGACGGGUCCGGAGGGGCCCACUCGGGCGAGGCCGUCGAUCGGGAGAAUCUGCACCGUACGUUCUCCGGGCAGUCAGACAAGAGGCAGUCUGAGAGUGGGGUCGAGGGGGGACAGGGAGGGAUGGAGAGAGGGGGUGCAGUGCCUCACUCCCACCACCCCUACUCGCACCAACCCGAUAGGAUGGGGGGAAGCUACCAGGACCGUGCUGGGUACGGACGAAGCCCAGCUAUGGGCCCCCGGGGCGGGGGUGGCAGCGGCAGCAGCAGCAGCGGGUAUGGGCCUGGGGGGGGAGGGGGAAGGGGGGAGUAUUACAGGAGGGGGAGGAGCGGGGAGGAGGAGGAGGAGUAUGUGGAGAAGCACAGGGGCAUCGAAGUAGGAGCAGGAGCAGGAGGGGGAGUGGGAGAGUGGGUGGAUUCACCUGGAGGAAGCACCACAGGGUCGAUCCAUAGCCACCCGAUUAGGGAGGGCAUUCGAGAGGAGUAUGGCGGGGAUGGCAGGCACAGGGGGUACGGCGGGGGACCAGGGGGAGGAGGGGGAGGAGGGGGAGGAGGCGGAGGAGGGGGGGGAGGGGGAGGGUACGUUCCUAUGGGCCCUAGGGAGCUCCAGAGGCGGGCGAGCGACUCCCCACACACACUGGGAGGAGUGGGGGUUGGGGGAGGAGGAGGGGGAGGAGAAGGAUUGAGAGCGGCAGGAGGAGGUGGUGAGGAUGCUAGGUCGCUGCGGAGGCAGCCAGGGGGUAGCAGCGCGUGGCCUGCAACAGGCAACAGCAACAGCAACAGCGCAUCCAUGGCUUACUCCAUGUCCCCUGUGCUUGCCCCUGAGGAUGGGUAUGUGGAUUCCACCGCAGGAGGCGCAGGCGGAGGGUGGGGAGGGCGGGGGAGCAGCAGCAGCAGCAUCAGCAGCAGCGUGAGUGGGGAGAGGGGCGGAGGGGGAGGGGGAGGCGGGUUGAGGACGCAGCUCAGUGGGGUGUCGUCGAUUGGGGAAGGAGAGGGGGGAGGGUCGGAGCGGACGAUUGCCAAGGGUAGGCUGAUGCGGCAGCUGCUGUCAACGGAGCCGGAGAGGCGAGUGGGGGCUGGGGGGCGAGGAGGGAGGGGGGGAGGAGGUGGGGGGGGUGGGGGUGGAGGGAGGCCGGGAAGCAGUAGCAGCUCUAGCGGCGUGCCGGUGACGAAGUAAUGUGGGAAAGGAGUGAGAGGGGGAAGGGGAAGGUGGAAAGGGAGAGUGGGUGCAUGAGCAGCAGCAGCAGCAGCAGCGAGGGUGGCAGCUGAAACAGCAACGCUGAAGGAUGAGAGAACUACCAACAGCAGCUGCAGCAGCGGCAUCAACAACAGCACCAUGGUUUGAGUACCGAUGCCAUGGUAGGGCCAUCCAUGCUGUAUCAGCAGGUGUCAAGGGAGGUGGAGUGGCUUGGAAGUUGGAGAGCAGGUCGAGGAGUCGGCCUGGAAGUACUCAGCUGGAUUGUGUAAUGGCUGACGUGCUUGCCAGGUAGUGUUUUAAUAUCUGGUGAAUGUGUAGAAAUAGCGAAGAGUCUUGGUUAUUUGUUGUGCUUCUGCGUAGGAGACAGCACAUGUAGCUUGAAUGGCCGGUAGAGACAUUGAGCAAGGUGUGGUGGAAGAGUGCGGAGUGCGUGCGUACGUCGUGCUUGUUGUGAGCCUUUCGUUCUCGACUUGCUGCUUUGGUCGAGUCCUUCCUCUGGAGGGAUUUUCUAUGAAGCUACGUAGGUGAAUCAGAUCGUUUGUGCUUAGUGUGGUUGAAUCUGUAGAGAUUCGGUUUGUUAGGCUUGUGAAAUUUGUAGAAAUGGUUUUGAUAAGUAGUUGUGUAAGGUUUUCUUUUUCGUAGCA